CGCUGUCGAGGAAGCAAGCCGUCGCUACCAUGUCCUUCCGGGUCUGCCGAAUUUGCAAAGGACUUCAACCGCGAGAGGUCGCUGAGAUUUGCCGUCUACCUGCUCGCUGCUCAUAUGAGACCCCUGUCAGCCUGUGUUGCUUGUCGGCGAGUGCUGUCCAUCCGAGUCUUGUUGACCACUUUUUCCCUUUGGGUGCGGCUAACAUUCCACAGCGAUCGCCGCAAAAGAUGUGACCGCCCCCGCCGAGGGACAAGCUGCAAGUUCUGCAUUCGACGUGGUUUCCAGUGCACCGUCGAGCAGAGGUCAGACGCUCCAAGCUCCGAGGAUGGAUACGAACCUUUGGUCAGCGUCCGCCGCGAUGGGGCCCCCCCUAUUUCGGCGGCAGCCCUCAUGCCUGAUCAAGACCUGUGCAACGAGCUUGUCGACCUCUACUUCCGCUACAUUCACAUAACCUUUCACAACUUAUUUCACUCACCGUCGUUCAAAGCCCGCGUUCGAGAUGGGAGCAUUCCCAAAGUCCUCCUCUUCGGUGUUUUUGGACUUGCAGCCCGCUUCUCCUCCCACCCAUCCCUCGCCCACAUCGACCCCAAACAUCGAGGCCGGUCGUACGCCAAGGAAUGCGAGAGGCUGCUCGACUUACACAAGACGUGUUUGACCACCAUCCAAGCGUGCAUUCUGCUGGGCGCGAACCAAGUUGUCGAGAUGGACUCGGUAGCCGAGUCCAUCUUUUACACCAUCGCCUGCCGGAUGGCUAUGAUACUCGAUCUUCCCAACAUGCCAGCGAAGUCGCUCAUCGAGCAGGAAGUCAAUUUACGAGUAUGGUGGUCAGCCGUUGCAACCGACACGUGGUCGUCCACGGGAUUGGGCCUCCCCAGGGCGAUACAGCCACGCUAUGACAUUCCCAUGCCCAUGGACGAGCGUGUGUUUCUCCGCUUGACACCAGCAGAGCCGCCGGUCGUUUCUCAGCGGGGACUGGACCGCCGACUGCGUCCAGACUCGGAUCUUUCGACGUCGCUAAUAGCGCAGAUGAUCAAGCUCAAUGGCAUCCUGUACGAGAUCAACGCUCUCAACGCCAAAGCCGCCUCCGAUGACCGAGACUCGGCCAGAGUUCGAGACUCGUCCGUGGCGGACCUCUCUGCGGCCCUCGACUCCUGGCACACCGAGCUGCCACCGGACAUGGAGUACACCCCAGACAACUUGCACUACUGGGCCGACCAGGGCUGCGGCACUGCGUUUGUCGUGCUGCACCUUAACUUCCACCACGCCGGCCAGCUGCUCUUCUACCGCUUCCUGCACAGCAGCCUCGCCCCCGAGAGCCACCAACCCCCUUCACCCAGCCCAUUCUCCCACACCAACACCAACAUCGGCCUCGGUAUCAGCAGCAACAGCACUCACUACGCCGCGCGAUGCCAAUCCCACGCUGCUCACCUCUGCGACAUCAUGUACUCGGCAAGCGGCCAACAACCACCCGAAGACCCGAGAAACAAUAUCAACAACAACAAAACAAGCUCCAAGAUAGAAGUCCGCCACCCACUAGCAGGCCACAUGCUCGUCGUAGCCUCGUCCGUGCACACCUACUCCCUCCUCUUCAGCACCGACGAGGCCGAGAUUGCUCGAGCCCGCGCUAGGCUGGAACGCAGUUUUGGCGUUGUUAGCCGGCUUCGUAUCUACUGGCCGAGCCUGGCCGCGUCGUUUAGCCGGCUUGCGGCUGUGCAUGCCGCGUGUCUGGGGCCUGCGGCGCUUCCUAAUGGGUCCGGGGGGGGUAGUAGGGGUAGUGGUGAUAGUGGUGAUGGUGGGGAUGGGAAGGGGGCUUUUCGGCUUGAUCGGUGGAUGGUGAGAUUUUUGGUGGAUUUUGCGAAGCCUGUGGAUUUUGCUGAGAGGGAGCGGCCGUGA